AUGAUCAAAUUUGGAGACACGCAUAGCGAGAUUUGUCGAUGCUUUUGUAAGAAUUUGAAAGGAAAGAAGAAAUAUGAAGAUGAAAAGUGGCAAGUUAAGAAUGCUGUUGAUAUUCACCUUCAACGAAGUACAAACUCUUUGUUUGGCAUUGGCUUAACGGGAGGUACUGAUCAGUUGAGACCUCCAUCGAUAACAUUUUUAAGACCUGGUAGCGUAGCACAUACUAGUGAUGAGUUACGUGUGGGCGAACGCUUGAAGCUAGUUAGCAAUUUAACACAUAAUCAAAUGAUGACAUUAUUACGGAAUUCUGGAAACUGUGUACAUCUUCAAGUGGAAUAUGAUAUCAAUGAUGAAAAUUUUAAACAACCAUCAAAUACUCGGUCAGCAUGUGCAGAUAUUGCAUUAAUGAAAGAAAAUAAUCGUAUUGGUGUAACUUUACGUGGUGGCGCGUAUGGUCCAGAUCAAGAAAAAUCAAGGCCUAUUACAAUAAUGAAUAUUCGAACAGGGAGCCCAGCUCAUCGAGAAAAACGUUUACGAAUUGGUGAUCGUGUCCUUGGUAUCAAUGGUGCAACUGUAAUAAAUGCUACCUUAGCUGCUGUUCAAAAACUACUUUUUGAAUCAAUUAAUACUGUUGUCCUUACUGUUGAAUAUUUCAUUAAUACAUUUGAUACAGUGAAUCGGAAAAAUGAGUAUGUUUGUGUGACGAUUGAAAGAGAUAUCAAUUUGGAUAUAGGAAUUGAAGUAAUAUGUGAAGUUGAUUAUACAGAUAAUGCCAUACAAACAUGCUUUAUAAGUCAUCUAGUACCAGCAUCAGCAGCUGAUAGAUGUGGUGCACUAUCUCCUGGAGAUCAGAUUAUAGCUAUAAAUGGCUGCAAACUGGAUUAUAUUCCUUCUUCAGAUAUUUCACGACUUCUUCAGGCUAAUUUGUCAGCACUGUAUUUAGAAAUUAGACCUGCAAGUCAAAUAAGGCAUUACUUUAUGAUUAUUGCUAACUGUCAACUAUCAUAG